AAAAUGAUGGAUAAGUUUUGACAUUUUGUUGUUUCUGGCUGUUUCGUAUUUUCCUUGACUUCAUCUUGCUAAUCGGAUAUUUUCUUCUUUUGCAAUAAUAUUAUCAAACCAUGUCUAACGAUUAUUUUAACAGUGAUGAUUCUCCUAAUAAGACAAAUUCUCACUUACAACUUCCUAGUCCUAUAAUUACGCGUCGUAAUAGAACUGCUUCAACAUCUGAAAGAGCUCUGGGAAACCCGGUAGAAAAUGGUAAAAUAAAAUCAUUUUGCCGGGAAAGGGGUCACGGUUAUGUGACCCCAGAAAAGGGCGGAGAAGAUCUCUUUGUUCAUAUUUCUGACAUUGAAGGCGAGUAUGUACCACUCCCUGGGGACGAAGUGACAUACCGUCUCUGCCCGAUACCACCGAAGUUUGAAAAGAACCAGGCCGUCCAUGUCCGAAUUAUCCACCUGACACAUCAGAGGCAUCUUAAAUGGGAUGAACCACCACAGAUACACUCGUAAGCAUUUUACGCAAAGCACAAGUUUUGUUAAGUAACCCUGUCACUUGUCAUUGCAGGUUUAUUUAUAA